AUGAUCUACCCAGCCACAACCGACAUCCCCGAGGAGAUUCUAGCUGCGUCCGUGGUGGCGCAGAAGAACGCCGAUGAUGAUCAAUCUGACCUCUGGCUUUUGUUCAAGAGACUUUCACGGCUUUGGCCAGCUGUGCACGUGAGCUACCGCGGCGGCCAAUACUCUGUCGAGCGAAUUCUUGCCUUGGACGCGUAUACUCGAGAUACGUCUCUGCUUCGUGUUGUGCUCGUUUCCAACUGCGUGUUCUGGGUCCGCGCUGCGAUCGUGAUCGGCGCUUGCACCUCUUUAAUCCUUGCCCAGGCCAAAUACCUUGUGAAGUACGUCGUGAUACCUCGCCGUCAUUUUCUCCUCGUCAUGACGAGCGUGGUCUCCCUACAGAUAGUCAUAGCGAUCGCCGUUGCGGCGUGCGUGUGCUUCCCAAUUGCAUUCACCAUUCUGGCGAUGGCUCCAGCUUUUAAUGCGUUGAUGGCUUUCUCGCUGUACGCUGUGUUUAGGCCGCACUUUAUCCGCCAAAUUCUGCAGCACAAGGACGAACUCUUUCGGUUUAUGACCUUCUUCGCCUCGCAACAAUUGGUUGCGAUAGUAUACCCUGCCUACCAAGUUCUCUUUGAGGCGGCAAGUGACACCAAGUACGAGCUUCUGGUGGUUUUAUUACUCCCCAUGAUCAAGUUGGCGCUGAAAAAUAUUAUUUUGCUGUGCUUGACACACAUGGAGGACAUGCUGUCCGAGGCUGUCAUCUUUACAUCUGCUUCCGUUUUAUUCAAACUACACCGACGAACAUCUGGUCUGUUGGCUACUUUGGAUGAGACGCUGAAUGGUCAAAAUUCGAGCCCAUUCCUGCCUUCCACACUCGGUGUGGCACGGAAACACGCGUCUCCACGGAUCGAUGGAUAUGCUACGGCUGCAAAGCUCUUCUGCCCCAAGCAGCAUCAUGCUAGUCAACACCGCGCAAUUUCAACAUCGACACAAACCGCGGAAAGUAUCGACGUGGGCCGGACGGAGAGAGCCGUUUUCCAAGAAGUAUUCACGACUGAGGGCAUCGUGCUCACUUCGUACCUUGACGCGGCUGUGCCUAUUUUCUUCGGCACAUUUCUACUCGUGAUGGUCCGCCUCCCAAAUGCAAAAUACCACACAGACCAAGCCGGUGUCGCUACCGACAACAUCGGCGAAGUGGUGGGCUCGGUUUUCAUUUUCGCGGCCGUAGAGCUGUUGUCGUUUGGUCUGCUAGCGAUUGCGGUCUACCGGACCUUGAGACUAAACGUGCUUUAUCACCCGGCGUUUGUGCUGGAGACUCAAGCGGAACUGGUUCAGAGCAAGUUAUUGACGUGGGUCAUCUUGACGAUGGCGUACCGAGUCGUGCACUUCGGGACGUUGCGCUUUGGAGCUAGCUCGUCAGCUCUGUCUCACCCAUUGUAUAUAUGCUUUGUGUGCCUAGGUAUGAAUUUUACUUUUAAGUUUGACUGA